UCGAGAGUUUCAAACAUGAAAGCGAAGGCUAGUGCACCGGCAGAAGGCGAGCAGCCCACAAAAGAGAAGAAAAAUGAAGGCGAAAAGGAGCUGGAUCUGUCUGAUGAAGACAAGCAGCUCCAAGAAGAACUUGAAAUGCUCGUUCAGCGUUUGGUGGAAGACGACACAAAGCUGUACCUCGCCGCGUUGGAAAGCCUGCGCACACAGAUCAAGGCGUCGACCACAUCCAUGACUUCUGUUCCAAAGCCCUUGAAAUUCCUUCGUCCUCAUUACAAAACUCUCAAAGAUGUCUACGAAAAAAUCACCGACAGUGAAACCAGGAGUUUUUGCGCUGACAUCGUGUCGAUCCUGGCAAUGACAAUCAGCGAGGAGAGGGAGUGCCUGAAAUAUCGUCUCCUCGGAUCGAGGGAGGAAAUCGGUGCCUGGGGUCACGAAUAUGUAAGGCAUCUUGCGGGAGAGAUUGCACAAGAAUGGGGAGACAUCGGCGAGAAGCCAGAGGAAGUAGAGCGCAAGGUCCAGCUGUUGAAGUUGGCCCAAGAGAUCGUCCCCUACCACAUGGCGCAUAACGCCGAGGCGGAGGCGUGCGACCUGCUCAUGGAAAUCGAGCGGCUCGACCUAGUGGAGCAGUACGUCGACCAGGAGGCCUAUCCGCGUGUCUGUCUCUACCUCACGAGUUGCGUGCCGUACGUCCCCGAACCGGAGAACACCAACCUGCUACGCACGGCCCUGCAGAUAUUCCUCAAGUACGAAAAGUUUCCGGAGGCGCUGCGGUUGGCCAUGCAGCUGAACGACCUGGAAACCAUACAGCAAAUCUUCAUACGGUGCAAAGAUGUAGAUGUACAGAAGCAGAUGGCAUUCAUGCUGGGACGGCAGCAGAUAUUCCUUGAGCAGGACGAUAAGAUAGAUAACUACGAGGACCUGGCGGAAAUCGUAUCUAACACAUCGAUCAACGAUCACUUCAUGGCUCUUGCCAGAGAGUUGGACAUCAUGGAACCGAAGACUCCGGAAGAUAUUUACAAAUCGCAUCUGGACAACACUCGGCCGUCGUUUGGACCUGGGGGUAGCGUGGACUCCGCCAGGCAGAACUUGGCGUCCAGUUUCGUCAACGGCUUUGUCAAUGCCGCCUUUGGUCAGGACAAGUUGCUGAUGGAGGACGGCAACAAAUGGUUGUAUAAGAACAAGGAACAUGGAAUGUUGAGCGCGACAGCAUCUCUGGGCCUCAUCUUGUUGUGGAAUGUCGACGGCGGCCUUACUCAGAUCGACAAGUACCUCUAUUCUACGGAAGAUUACAUCAAGGCAGGUGCAAUUCUUGCCUGUGGCAUCGUCAACUGCGGAGUGCGCAACGAGUGCGAUCCCGCUCUCGCCCUUCUCUCCGACUACGUACUUCACCCCAGCACGUUGAUGCGUGUCGGCUCCAUCCUGGGCCUUGGCUUGGCUUAUGCUGGCUCGAACAACAAAGAAGUCAUCCCGUUGCUGCUUCCGGUCUUCACGGACUCAAAGUCGACCAUGGAGGUGCUGGCGGUGACAUCUAUCGCCCUCGGCAUGGUUGCCGUGGGAUCGUGCAACGGUGACGUGACGUCCACCAUCAUGACGGCGCUCCUCGAAAAGUCUGAAUCCGACCUGAAAGAUUCUUAUGCCAGGUUUCUGCCAUUGGGUCUCGGACUGUGUUACCUUGGCAAGCAAGAAGGAGCCGAAACCAUCACCGCUGCCCUCGAGGUCCUGCCCGAGCCUUUCCGAAGCAUGGCGACGACUCUCGUCGAUAUCUGCGCGUACGCGGGCACCGGAAACGUUCUGAAGAUACAGCAUCUGCUUCACAUCUGUAGUGAGCAUUAUGAAGCAAAAGAAAAGGAGGAGAAGAAAGACGACAAAAAAGACAAGGAGGACAAAAAGGAGGAGAAAUCUCCUCCAGAUCUGUCAAGUCAACAGAGUGUAGCCGUCCUGGGCAUUGCACUCAUCGCCAUGGGCGAGGAAAUUGGGUCCGAGAUGGCAUUCAGGGCUUUUGGGCAUUUGUUACGGUACGGCGAGCCAGUCAUCAAGCGUUCCGUCCCCCUGGCCCUGGCCCUCAUCUCCGUAUCAAACCCACGUCUCAACAUCCUCGAAACGCUCAGCAAGUUUUCGCACGACAGUGACCACGAAGUCGCCCACAACGCCAUCUUUGGCCUAGGUGUUGUAGGCGCGGGGACAAACAACGCCCGCCUUGCCGCGAUGCUCCGCCAGCUGGCGCAGUACCACUCCAAGGACCCCAACAACCUCUUCAUGGUUCGCCUGGCUCAAGGCCUGGCGCACAUGGGGAAGGGAACCCUCACCCUCAGUCCCUACCACAGCGACAGGCAACUGCUCAGUCCCGUUGCCCUGGCCGGACUCUUAGCCACGCUGCUGGCAUUCCUCGACGUCAAGAACAUCAUCCUCGGCAAGUCACACUACCUCCUCUACUGCUUGGUGACGGCGAUACAGCCGCGGAUGCUGGUCACGUUCGACGAGAAGGUGCAGCCGCUUACGGUGCCCGUCAGAGUUGGACAGGCCGUCGACGUGGUCGGACAGGCGGGUAAGCCAAAAACGAUCACAGGUUUCCAGACGCAUACGACACCAGUGCUGUUGGCGCAUGGUGAAAGAGCGGAGUUGGCAACAGAAGAAUACACGGCAUUGACGCCCGUGUUGGAAGGGUUCGUGAUUCUCCGGAAAAACCCCAACUUCACCUCCUGAGGUGGGUGGGCUGGUGGAAGACUAGGGAUGAAAUGGUUGCCUCUGUAACUUGUUUUUCUUCUUUUUGUAUUAUGUCAGCUCGUGCGAUAAUUUAAUAAAAAUAAAAACAUCCUG